AUGGAGUCAAAGGUGGCUCCAUUCUCUGCCUUACCCUCCAAUUCCCCCUUUCCUGUUAAAGUCGCCGCAUUGACCCAAAAGAAAAUCCCUGACCUGCUGCCACCCUUCCCCGGCGCGGCCUGUGAUACUGCCAACGUCUCCAGGGUCGUCAAGAACGCAGCCUCAAGCCUCAUCAUGCACCUCGGCUUCCUGGCCUCCGUCGGUCGACAGACAAAACCUUUUGCUUGUGUACAUGUCGGACAACCGCGCCUUGAGAUUUGCAGAGGUAGAAGGCCUGGCAAGAUUCUUAUUCAAGACCUGGACGGCUACAAAAGAUGGUUUACCGUUUUGCGCAACAUGGAAUCUUAUGACGAAUCGAAGACAGUGUUCGUGAUAAAGACGGCCAUUGAUACAAGACAUUUGCGCCAGAGCAGCUACCCUACCCUCGUCAAGGCCCGUCGACGCCUUUGCCCGGUUGCACAAUCGAGUUGA